AUGAACGGAGCGAGCGCCAGCGCUGGCGUCGGCACCGGCGCCGGCGCUGGCGGGGAGGCGCCGCUGGUGUACAAGGCCUGGAAGGGGAACAAUGUGUUUUUACUGAAGGGGAAAUUCAUAUUUGGUCCUGAUGCAAGAUCCUUGUUUGUCACCAUGUUCCUUAUUGUCGCGCCAGCAUCAAUCUUCUGUGCAUUCGUUGCGAAGGAAUUGAUGGAUACGUUCUCUUAUGGUCUGGGAUUGCCGGUUAUGAUUGCAGCAGUUCUAUUCACAGCAUAUGAUCUGAGUCUUCUGCUUCUAACUUCUGGGAGAGAUCCGGGGAUCAUACCUCGCAAUGCACAUCCUCCAGAACCUGAAGGUUUUGAUGGCAAUGCAGAGGUUGGGGCUAACCAGACUCCACCCGUGCGUUUGCCCCGAGUGAAGGAUGUUGUUGUUAACGGGAUCACUGUGAAGACAAAAUACUGUGACACUUGCAUGUUGUACAGGCCUCCUCGUUGCUCUCAUUGCUCUAUCUGCAACAACUGUGUGGAGCGUUUUGAUCAUCACUGCCCAUGGGUUGGACAAUGCAUUGGACUUAGGAAUUACAGGUUCUUCUAUAUGUUUGUAUUCUCAACAACUCUGCUCUGCCUGUAUGUCUUUGGGUUCUGCUGGGUGCUCAUUGUUAAGAUCAGAAAUGAAGAGCAGAUAACAAUUUGGAAGGCAAUGGCAAAGACCCCUGCAUCUAUUGCUUUAAUCAUCUACACAUUCAUUGCAGUCUGGUUUGUUGGUGGCCUCUCUGUGUUCCAUUUGUAUCUCAUGAGCACAAAUCAGACAACAUAUGAGAACUUCAGGUAUCGCUAUGAUCAACGAGCCAACCCAUACAACAGGGGAGUCAUAGAAAACAUCAAAGAGAUCUUCUUUACAACGAUCCCUCCUUCCAAGAACAACUUCUGUGGUAGGGUCCAACAGGAGCAUGGUCUGAGGCCUCGUCCAACAAAUGGUUUCAUGAGUCCAAACAUGGGGAGAGCUGUUGGCAACAUUGAGAUGGGUAGAAAACCAGUGGCUUGGGAUGAGCCUAGGAUGGCAGCUGAGAUUGGUGAUUUAGGAGCAGGUCUGAGCAACUUGUUGGAGGACAAGGAUGGCAGGUUUUGUAGCGCAUCUCCAGAUCUCAGCCGUGACGCCCUUGCAGUUGGAGGAGGCUUGGAAGAGCAAGGCUCCUCAGCGAUGAACCCUGGGCGUUCAAGCUGGGGAGUUGAAGCAGGUCGAUGA